GAAGUAUAGGAUGCAGCGGAUAAAUAUUCACAGCGCGGUCGAGUAGUGAGAUCUCAAGUUGCAAUUAAUCUCGUCAUAGGAUCAACAUAAAAUAUUCCUUCUCUUCGGCAUUCGCUCUUCAGUGGAAGUACUAAGACAAUCGUCUUGCUUCGUGUUGGAGAAAGGUGAAGAUGACUUCAGUGUUAAAGCGAGCAUCUAAGAAGGGCAAGCCUCAGGCUCAAGAAAGUGGAACGGGAAAAACAUGGCUCCAUCCGGCCGAAACUUUGCAGCAAGGAUCUGUAGUUUAUUCUGUCAAGCUUCUAGGGUCUACAGACGUACCCCAAGCAAAAGGGACAGACAUUGUUAGGGAAGCUAUAAAGAAAGUCAAGUUUGCAAAUCAUAUCAAAAAGAGUGAAGCUGGUGUGAAAGGAAGUAAACUAAAAAAGGUUGAGAUAAAGAUAUCCAUCAAUGAUAUCAAAGUAGAAGAUGUCAAGACAAAGGAGGAGCUAUACUCGUACCCAUUACACCGUAUAUCUUACUGUGCUGAUGAUAAACGGGAUAAGAAGCUGUUUGCUUUUAUUGCCAAAGAUUCUGGGCAACAGCAUCAUAACUGCUAUGUUUUCGAAUGGGAGAAAAUGGCAGAAGAACUAACCUUAACAGUGGGACAAGCUUUUGAUCUAGCUUAUCGGCGGUUCCUGGAAAAGAAAUCUCUUAAUGACAAUUCAAAGAAAAAAUUAACUGAGAUGGAAGAAAAAAUCAAAACUGCUGAAGAAGAGAAGGAGGCAUUGAAACAAAAGAUUGCUGAACUUGAAAUAGCUGCAAGCCAAGGCUCAGGACCUCCAUCAAGCAAUGGAAGUAAUGAAGGUAACCGGAGCCAGUCCGAUCCAGAUGAAUUUGAUCUCUUGGGUAGCUUCAGUUCAUCUGUGAUGCCAGUUUCAUCACCACAAGACACAGCACCUGUUUUCCCUCAGGAUACAACCAGUCAAGACAUGUUCUUUGAUCCUUUUGUGCAGAUACCACUAUCUCAGCCUCAAACAGCUGCUCCUACAUCACCUGACUUAAAUGAAUUUUCACCACCACCUAUGAAUCCAUCUGUGCCCAGACCAGCGACUAAGGGAAUGCUACCAGUUGCUCUGCCUCCUCCACCAACAAAAGAAAGUGUAAAGGCAGCAAAUCGAAUGAAAACCAACACUGGUAACACAGCUCCAGUCAUGUCACCCCCAGUUGUGUCACCCCCACCACAAGUAGAAACUCCACCUGUGUCUCAGCCAGCUCCUUCAGAUGAUCUGCUACAACUGACUAGUGGCCACUCAACCAAUCCAUUUUCUAGUGGUCUUAAUGGUGCUGAUCCAUUUGCGGAUGAUGAUCUGUUUGAUCCUUUUGCUUCUAAAAACAACUUCUUUGACAAUGAGAAGGAGAUCAAUCAGAAUUUACCGAGUGCAUUUCCAAGUGACCUAGUCCUUCACUAAAUGGAAGAAAAUCUUGGCAAAUUACAGCAACAAAGAUGUUCUUAAACACCAAAAGUGGACAACAUAAUUCAGAGAAGAAAUGGAUCCAGUAUAGUUAUUGUUCACAGCGCAUUAAUAUUGUGACUUGUAUAUUUAAAUUAAAUGUGAUAUUUCUUGAUAGUGAGAAAAGAAAAAGAUUUUUUACUGUGAAGACAUUUUUGAGUGAGUGAUCUUAAAACUUGUGUAGAUAUAGUGCUAACCAACUUAAAAUUAAUAGUAGGAUGCCGCUGAUAGAAACGUUAAAGAAUGAAAAGCAAAAUUAUAAUUUUUAGAUAUGCCUAAUUGGUAUUACUGGUAUUCCUUUACAAAUUAUGUGACAGAUGCUAGAUUUAAUGUCAAUUAUCCUUUGGUAAUACAGUUUGUUAUCAUUAGUGAGUCCUCCUUUAAUUCUCAGAAUCCAGUAAGUAAUGUUCUUUACUAAGUUCUAUAUUUCCUUGUAAAUUAGACAGGAAGAAAUUGGUGUUACAUAAAGGUGAUGCCUUUAAGUUGAUAAGUAUGUCCGUUGUCAUGGCCUGUUUGCGAGAUAACCUAUUGGAAUUGUAAAGAAAAGUUAGAUUAAGCAUGAGAUUUCAUGGCAACAGUUAAAUGUAAAAAUAUGAACUGUAAGCAAAUAUCUUGUUAAUAUAUAUUUUUUUGAUGCACUAAAAGGGUUGAAAGAAGCUCAGUUAUGGUCACUUCACAUGGAUGUCAUGCAUAACUUCUUUACUUUCUUGGAAACCUCGUAGGAUGAACAAAAAUGGUUGAAGAUAAAGACUUUGCUUUAGUGAAUUAAUUUCCUGUAUCUUGGUGUUAUAGUAAAAUAAUACUUGUGAUGCAAAAUAGUUCUUCAAAUGACCAAAGAAGUUUAAUAUUAACUGAAAAGAUUAUGAACUUUAUAGUGUUUUAAUUAAAAAGAUUGCAAGGAAAAAAGGAUUGAUAAAAAUUUUCACAG